GGAUAAAGAUGGUAGUUGGUGAAUUGAAGAACCAACACAUACACAUGGGUGAUAAAAUGUUACAGAAAUUAACAUGGACAAUUAACAACUUCUCUAAAUGGGACUCAGAUGAGCUGUGCUCUGAGAAUUUCUACGUCGGCGGCCAUCCAUGGCGGAUUGCUAUCUAUCCAAAGGGGCACAAUACUGGCUACUUGUCAAUUUAUUUGUCUGGGGAUCUCCCUAAUUUUGAUGCCUGGAGCAGAUUUGCAAAUUUCAAGUUGGCCCUUAUUAAUCAACUUAAUGCCAAGAAGACAAUAACUGCAGGAUCUCAAUACAAGUUCAGUGAAAGCGAGCCGGAUUACGGUUGGCCUGAGUUCAUACCUUUAGUUGAAUUUCGUAACUUCAGAAGUGGGUUUAUCGUGAAUGAUACUUGCAUUGUUGAAGCUGAGAUUACUGUUGUAAAGCCGGAACAUGUGACUCAGGCAGAUCAAGUAGUUAGCAAACCUGUUGUUUGCUCUGAGCCUGUUGUACAGGUUACUAAUAUUAAUCCUUUAGGUGACCUUGUGGAUUUCAAGAGUUUUGGAAAAAUUGAAAAAGUUUUUGUUCCACUGUUGGAGGAAGUAUGUAAGUUACAUCCCUCACUAAUUGACUGUCAGCAGAAGAGAAGUCGCAGGUUUACUGAAUGGGCAUUCACAGCUUUAGGCCAAAUUCUACAUUUUCUUAAGAGUAGAAAGGUGAAAGAUAUGAAUGCGGAUGCUUGUAGUCAUCUCCAACUUUUAUGGGAGGAACUUCAGACAUUUAAUUUUGACUUGACUUGGCUCCAACCCCAUAUUCAAUCUGCCUUAAGUAUGAAAAAUUAUAUAGAGAAAGCUGUGCAACUGAAAGCAAUGAAGGAGAAUUUGGCAACUCUAGAGAUGGAAACCAAAUCACUGAAGGAGAAGAUAUUUACUGCAGAGGUAGAUCUUGAAAUAGCAAGAAGAGAUUUGGCAAAAGGUUUGGAAGAGAGGGAUUUGGAUGCUGACCUAGCAUAUGGAGGACCUUAGACUUAGGUCGUUAAAGAAUUCACAAUCGGUCUGUGUUUCUGUGAAAAACAUAGAAUAUGGGUGUAAGUGAUUAGGGAUC